AACACUGAUAUCAUCAUCCUCACCAAUAACUCUAGUCGUACUGCAACUGAGACUGCUGCCAGUGUGUACUGGACAUGUCCCUCUGCUGGAAACUCAGGCGGUGCCUGUCUAUUGGAUGGGGUUCUACCUGUAGCCCCGAUGGCUGACUAUGUUGGAGCCCAUCCUUGUGACCUGGAUCUACCCCCUACUGUACCACGAGUUGCUGGUGCACCUCCUCACCCCGCAGAUGCGGACAAACGUGUCCUAACUAUCUGUGCAAGAAAUAAGAGAAGGUUUAUUUCCUUAAUUGACGCUAUAACACGAUAAGAAUCCUAAAGAAAGGAAACUUUUCCUAAAAUGCCUGUGUAACCUCCUAAAACUUUUCCUAAAAUGCCUCUGAAACCUCCUAUCUAUAGAUAUGGGGCUCUAGAUAUCUAUACAUAAAGACUCUACUAUACACUGCUCCAUGACUCCAAGGAAUUGGAAAACCUAGGCUCAGAUACCAAGUUUGUCAUGACUCAAACUGGAGACUUAGACGUGAUAGGGCACCUAACAAGACAAUACCCUUGUUAGGCGAACCCUCUAACGAAAUAGGCUCAUUAUAGUGAAAUAAAUAUGCAAGAAGAGAUACUACAGUAGUCUAACAUAACGUAAAUGCGAAAAGAAGUACAAUAAACACAUAUUACCCAAAGAAAAGUGACUAAGUCAUGGAGCUACUACUAUUCGAGUACAAAGUAUGAGAUGUGGCUCGAAAGUAAAGUCCAUACUAAAUAAUAAAAGAUGUGGCUGAAUAAGGCGUCCACGGUGUAGUGACGGCUCACCUCAGCUCUGAACAUGUCUAGAAGUGUCUAAAACUCAGGGAUCCUCUACUGCAUCGCCCUCUUCGAGUCCUGCACCAAAUAGCAAGAGUGAGUCGAAAGACCCAACAAGUUCAUAGACCCGGUCUCUUAGCUUAACUUACCCUUGGGACAAGACUUUAGAUAAAAUGUAGUACUGUACUAUCAACAAAGGCAUAAUAGGUAAAAAAUGAGCAUAGUUAUGCAAUUAUCACAGAAGUCAUGAACAUAAUCACAUAGGAUAAUCAUGAUGCUACUAUGCUGCUGAAAUGCAAAGGCUGCUAUUACUUCUAUGGAGCAUAGGUUACCCGUCUGACCCAUCUGGUGCGGUGCAUCAACCACAUGACCUACCCAUCUUCGGUGCAUUGGUGCCUGUCUGACCCGUCGGGCGCAGUGCAUCAGCCACACGUCUUACCCGGUAUUGUCUCAAACUACUAACUGGCCUUAUAACAUCAUCAUGCCCAGGCUGUGUGUGCUAAUGGAUGUGUGAUCAUGCAUGCUAAUAAGCAAAACAGGCAUCACAAGAAAAUGGUUAACUGCUGAGGAUAUCAAUAUCACAUAUAUACAUAUGCUGGGACCCUCGCGGUCUAUGCUUUGUAUUAAAAUGUGGCUAACCUAGUUCAUGCUUGUCCCACAAACAAAUUAGAUAGUGUAGAUUGCAUGUAAAUAGCACAUAAGUUACUCUUUUGUUGAAAAACAUGCAAAGUAAUUGUUAAAUUCUAAGUCACUCUUUUAUUGAAAAGCAAGCAAACUAAGAGUUAAAGUCUCACUUGCCUCGAAAAUGGCAGACUUCCCUUUUACUUGAAUGUCCGAAGUCUUCUCAAAUGAUCGUUGUUGCCCUCAGUCUAUUCAAAAUCAUGAACAACAGGUCCAAAUUAGCCUAGGGAAACUAAUACCAUAAUUUUUGGACACCCGGGUUCAAAGUCAACCAUUGGUCAAUUCAAAAUCGCCCCUCAGGUCAGCUGUUCAAAAUCCAAAAUAAAUUACAUGAAUGUGUUACCCAUUAGCUAUGGAAUCCUAUUCUACAAUCAAAAUCCUAUUUUAAUAUCAAUUGAUAGGCCAAAUCAUCAAUUUUCCAUUCCUAGGUCUAGGUCUAAAACACCUAAUUUUAGCCUCUUAGAAUUCAUGAUUUAGCAGUUCAAAUCGUGUAUAAAUCAAGUAUAUUGUUGGAUUUAGCGUUAGGAGCUCAUGCCUUGAAUCUUAGUUCAAAACUCCAUCAAUUCGGACCCUAUGCACGAGCUCCAAAACCCCAAACUAGUGUAAAAAUGGCUACUGAAAUUCAAAAUUAGCUUUUUAUAUCCCGUUCUCUUUCGUGUUCGCAAACCUCAGGCACGCGUUUGCGAUGCAGUUGCUGUCAGGCUUGCGCGAUCACGGUCAUCACCUCGUAAUGUAGAAGACUUGAUCGGCGUUGACUUGACUUUUCCCUUAGCAGUCGUGCCCUCGCAAUCGAGUUGAACAUUUUCUCUGUGUUCCGCGAUCGCAACUGGUGCUGUGCGGUUGCGAAGAGAGCACCAACACCAGAAAAAUUUGCAAUUCUAAUUGUCCCCAAAUGGUGCCGAAAUACCCUGAGCCCUCGGGUCCCAGCCAGAACAUACCAACUAGUCUAAAAACAUCAUAUGAGCCUAUAGGAAGUCCCAAAUCAUGCAACACUCAAACAGAGAGGUCGGUUUGUUACAGGACCUUGUAUGCUUUGCUGCUUGGUUUAGAAUGAAGCAGUCCCUCUGCCUUCACAAGAAAAACCAUCAGACACGCAUAAAGUAUUAAAAAAGGAACUUGAAUGAUGCAAAAACUUGUUCAAUAUGGCAUCUUUGCCCAUUUCCAUUCCAAACUAUCUUUAAAAAAAGUGCCUCCUUGGUUAACUAGAAUUACGGAGAGAAUAAAUGAAAAAUCAGGGCUAUUUCCAUCAUCAAUUAAUCACGUGCUUAUCAAUGAAUACCUUCCUAACCAAGGAAUAAUGCCGCAUCAAGACGGACCAGCUUAUUAUCCUGUAGUGGCAAUUCUUUCUCUUGGAUCUCCUGUGGUUAUGGAUUUCACUCCACAUCCUAAUUUGAGCAGCCAUGUUGGUACACAUGGAAAGAGUGUUGAUGACAAAAUUUCUGACCAGGAGGCCGCUGUGAUGAAUUCAAGUGAACGGCUAGAUAACUGCCAUCCUUUUUCUAUCAUAUUAAUGCCUCGCAGUUUGUUGAUAUUCAAAGAUAUGGUGUACUCAGACUACUUGCAUGGUAUAAAAGAUUCCGAGGUGCAGCGAUGUAACGAGGCUGUAAAUGUAACAAAUGUUCAAAGUCAUGGAAUAGUUCAGCACUCAUCAGGUCCCGUGAAAGCAUGUGAUAGUGAUGACACUGUCAUUUGCAGGGGUAACACCAGAGUUUCUUUGACCUGUCGAGCAGUAACAAAGGUUUAUAAAAGUAUUUUUAAGUUCUAGUUUCAUACGGAAAAGAAACAAGUCAACAGACGCGACGCAGGGUGAGUAGAGUGUUGAGUCCAGGAGAAUCACAACCACUCUUGCAGUUUUGUAAAAUCAGGAUGAUUGAUGUACGUCAGCUAUUGUACCUUGAAAACCUCCAUGAUUUAACAAUUUAAAUGUAGCAUAGCUAAGUAAUCUAUUCCUUUUCUUAAUCUGUGCAUAGCUGAUUGCCAUGUAUUUGUUCCCGAUGAGAUCGUGAUUCUUGUUUCAUUCCCUUUGAGAACCUUUAGGACUUGAUUCUAACCUUGUGUUGGGAAAUUUUAGGUUUCAUUACCUUCAGAAUUAUGGACUUGAUGGUAACCUUUUUAUUUUUAUUUUUUAUUGAUUCAAUACAAUAGUUCCCAAACUUUGAUGAUUA